CGUUACUAGCUAACCCGGAGUUCUUGUUGUGUCACGUAAUUCCCUUCGACUUGUUAUAUGUUUAAAGACAUCUAUCUAUUUCUAUGACUGGUAAGUUUUGCUCUUUCUGUAGACUGGUUAACCCGAGGAUAUUGUAAUGUUACGUUAUCUCCUUUACCUGGUGAUAUUUUUUUACCUCUAUCUAUUUUCAUUAUCGGUAAAUUUUGCUUGAUCGUAACCUAUAUGCUAAAUUUUUAUCUAUCUUGAGCAGCAUCUGUAAAAAAUCCGUCAUGUUUGAACGACUUCGGCUGGUGUCUCUUGAUUUCCGUGUACUUUCUCUUUAAAGAAUCACUGUCGUGUCACGCGAUAGUUGCUUUGUUUAUUUUUGUGUGUUUUUAGUGCAUGGCAUUUAAGCCUAUCAUCGGAAAGAAAUGAAGCUGGCAGUUAACCCUGAACUCCAUUGAUUACUUGCAUUACAUCAUGUUCAGUCUUAGGGUUAGCUAUCGUUCAUCACAAAAGCAAGGUAUUUGGACUUGGCCAUAAACGUACAAUUUGUGGCAAUUUUUGUUUUGACCGAAGCAAAAUAUCAAAAUUGUCGAUUGUAGUAAAUAUGUCAGAAACUUUUUUAACCACUAUUGAGCGCAAGCAGGGAUUGAGACCUAAACUGAUGACUGAUUUCAUUCAAUAUCACCGCUAUCGUGACUAAUGCAUUUUUUUUUUCAACACAAAAAUGAAGGUCAAGGUGAAAAAAGAAAGCAAGGAAGAUUCUUUCAUUUUCUUGUAAUCAAUAAGGCUUCUGAAAGAAACCAUUGAUCUGAGGCCUACAUUUUGAUUCAAUCAUAGAAAUUUGAGAAAGUUUAACGCCAAUCUCUCGAGAUCGUGGUAGCCUAAAGUCUAAAAUUGAGACGCAUAAAAAAUGUUACCAUCAAAACUCUGUUCUUCUGAAAGAGAUCCACUUGAUUGUUAAGUAAAUUCACAAUUUGUGACCCGGCCAAGGUCAUUUUUUCUCUUAGGUCUAAGAUAGUGAUGGUUGCCGGUCAAGGUGACGGAUUUGGAGGACAUCACAUGACAGACAACGAGUUGAACAGCUGAUACAAGGAUUGUGAUUCGAUCCAUCACAGAAUAGCGUGAAAUCUACCGACGAACUUUGGAACAUCAUGUGUUGAUUACGGACUAACUCGACAGCGCCUUUUGUGCCACCCUUUUGUUCUUAGCAUACUUUGACGUCAUUCGUGAUCUAUAACUGGACGGACGCAGGGCAACAUGGAAUCUAUGUCAAUCUUCUCAAAAAGUAACCUUCAAGUUUUAAUCCAUGAUCCACGAGAUAAUGUAUUAUCAAGAGCGAGGUUCAGGGACUGAAUUUUGCACAGACAGAAAUUUUCCUUGUCGUGAGAUACAUGAGAUGCUUCCUCUUGCGGUUCACUUGAGUGAAUUUCCCGGAAAAAUUAUUUACCUUGCGGCGAUCUUAUGACUUGCUCAAAUGACAUUAAAAUAGAGUUAAAGUUAUCCAUGAAGUUCAAAGUUAUUCAUGAAGUUCGCGUUGAUUACGGACUAACUGACUGCGCCUUUUGUGCCACCCUUUUGUUCUUAGCAUACUUUGACGUCAUUCGUGAUCUAUAACUGGACGGACGCACGGCAACAUGGAAUCUAUGUCAAUCUUCUCAAAAAGUAACCUUUUAAUCUACGAUCCACGAGAAAAUGUAUUAUCAAGAGCGAGGUUCAGGGACUGAAUUUUGCACAGACAGAAAUUUUCCUUGUCGUGAGAUACAUGAGAUGCUUCCUCUUGCGGUUCACUUGAGUGAAUUUCCCGGAAAAAUUAUUUACCUUGCGGUGAUCUUAUGAAUUGCUCAAAUGACAUUAAAAUAGAGUUAAAGUUAUCCAUGAAGUUCAAAUCACAUGGUAAAAUCAUCAGUUUAGGAUAUAAACCACAACGCCAAAGAAAUCCCAAGACUUUCGCCUGAUACUUGCGAAAAGAAAUCGGGACUCGGCAACAGUUUCGCGAAAUAAAUCGGGACAGCUGCAGCUCAUAAAACUGAUCGGGGAACACAGUGACAAUCAAUUUCCAUGGCAUCUUGGCGCGAAACCUUUUCCCGAAAAAAAUUCUGCGAUCCGAAGACCAUGAUGGCAACUCCAUUGAAACGUUGUCUCGGCAUCUUUGACUUAACUCUUCUUGGAGUCGGAAUUACCAUAGGAGCAGGGUUGUACGUUUUAACCGCUGAUGUCGCCCGUAAUAUCGCUGGCCCUGGUGUGGUAGUUUCGUACUUCAUCGCCGCUGCUGCCUCAAUUCUGGCUGGCUUCUGCUACGCAGAGUUUGGCUGCCGUGUGCCUAAAGCAGGCUCGUGUUACACUUACAGCUACUCAAUCAUUGGUGAACUCUGCGCUUUUAUCAUAGGCUGGGAUUUGAUGUUGGAAUAUAGUAUCGGACUGUCCUCAGUAGCCAAGGGGACCAGUUCAUAUUUGGAUUCAAUGUUUGACGACCGCAUCAAGAAUUUUACAAUCUCUGUAGUUGGUGAAAUUCAUGUCAGGGGUAUUGCACAAUACCCCGACUUACUUUCGGCUGUCUUAAUAUUAGGAAUGGCGCUAAUUUUACUCAGCGGUAUGAAGGGAACAUCAAGGUUCAAUUCACUGAUCACAGUGUUAAGUAUAUUCCCGAUCAUCAUCAUUGUUUGUGCUGGUUUGUAUUAUGCCGAUAUUAAGAACUGGACGGAAAAUUUUGCCCCGUACGGAGUUCCGGGGAUUUUGUCCGGUGCAGCCACGUUAUUCUAUGCUUUCGUCGGAUUUGACAUCAUUGCUACUACUGCAGAGGAAGCAAGAAAUCCUGGAAGAGCAAUCCCUAUCUCCAUUGUCUUAACAUUAGUCAUCGUUUUUGUGGCGUAUUUUGGAGCGUCUGCUGCACUGACACUAGCGUGGCCCUACGCGACUCUUCCUGAAGGGGCAGCAUUUUCUAAAGUGUUCGCGUUGAGAGGUGCAACCUGGGCCAAAUACGUGAUAAGUGCCGGAGCCUUGUGUGGACUUAUCACGUCCAUGCUGGGGUGCCAGGUGGCAUUAUCCAGAAUGAUGUACGCUAUGGCAAGCGACGGGCUCAUAUUCAAAUUUCUCGGGAAGGUGAAUCCAAGAACAGAAGUCCCACAAAACGCAACCAUAAUAGCUACCGUGUUUUGUUCCCUUUUGGCUGUUAUCUUUGACAUACACGAGUUCGCGGAAAUGCUGUCGAUUGGAACACUCCUGGCCUAUACUCUUGUCGCUUUGUGCGUGCUGGUUUUGCGAUAUCAGCCAGAAGUCGUUGGCCUUACCAAGGAAUCAGGCGUGAGAGACGAAACCACAGGAGAAGAAUCACCUUUGAUUACAGAAAUUAACGGAUCCCAACCUACCCAGAACACCAAAACCACAGCACGUGUUGCUAUUGGUGCUAGCACUUUUGCUUGCAUAACUCUCACUGCAUUCCUAAGGUUUGGUUCAACCGCCUUAGGAGACGCCCAGUGGUGGGCCGUAAUACUAAUGAUCCUUAUAGGAUUUACACUUCUUGGCACAACAGUUUAUCUCAUGAAGCUGCCCCAGAAUAGUACCCCUCUGGCUUUCAAAGUGCCAUGUGUUCCCGUGAUUCCUUUGUUGUCGAUAUUUGUCAACCUGAUGUUGAUCUCGGAGCUCUCCUACCUGACAUGGAUUAGAUUCGUUGUUUGGUUGGCAAUUGGUUUGAUCAUCUAUUUGUCUUACGGAGUUCGACACAGUGUGGAGGGCGAACGGGAUGGCCAAGACAGGCCUGACCUCAAGAAUACCGAACCUGAAAUUUGCCUCCAGAAAUCACAGGAUUACUCCAAGCCAGACAUGGAAUGAAGUCAAGGCAUAGAGUAAAUAUUUUACAAAUUUGCACAAGAGUAGGAAAUUUACAGUAAUCCAAACUACAUUAAACAGCAGAAGAAACUGCAGACAAUUGAUCAAAACUAGGAGAAAUUUUUUAGCGACUGCUUUUUCCAUUUUAAUUUUUUUUUUUAAAUUAAAGCUUCCUCCGUCCAGAAAAAACGGAUUUUGAGAUAUCAAUUUAGAUCUUUUUCGUUAGGGUGGGGAGGGUGGGGUAACAGUCACCGCAAGGGGUAAGGGGUGAAAGUUGUUCAAGGUAAUAGACAACAGUCAAGUUCGUCAUUCCUUUCGUCUCUUAAUUUUAUUAGUGGCUAAGAAAACUUCAGAAUUAACAAAAAUGUAAACAGUUACUGCUCAUUAUAUGGGAGGCGCUUAAAUAUGUACGCAUUAUUUUCAACGAAAAAAGCUAUCGACCCAUCAGUGGUGAGCUUCUCUCUGUUGAAGUUUAACCUCAUGUGCACGUAUGUUCGGGUGUGUGUAUACGUGUAGAUUUAUUACCGAUACUGAAGAAUGAAAAGACACUUUCAGACAAUUUUAUAUUUCUUUUAAUGUGAUCGCUCUUUAUGCAAGGCUAUCUAUUAAAGUAUUGAAUUGGUUCGUUUCAA